AUGGCCAAGAAUGGAUCCGAGUAUACCUCACUUGCCGACUUGCCAAUACAGAGGAGAAAGCCUCUUCCUGCAACUCCCUCACAUAACCGGGAUUCAGGAAAACACUUGGAAGCAAUGAUUAAUGAUCAUAUCGCUGCUGUUGGCAGUCCAAUACCUCCCAAACUGCCCGAUAGACCACAUGACAACAACAAGAGAGGGGUCUCCUUCCUUGUUGAUCCUCCUCCACGCACAUCUUCGAUUUCAUUACUGGGGUCAAAGGGCGAUGCCAAAUCACGAUCAACGUCGGCAAACAAGGACAAGGAGGCUUCGAAACAUAAUGUUAUAUCCAAUUCAUCUCAGUCAUCGACAAAAACACUCGCAUCUACUGUAAAAUCACCUGAAAUGACACGACGAAAUAAUAUCGCCUUGGAAAUAUUGACUACUGAACAAUCCUACUUGGCCUCACUUACCACAAUCCAAGAUGCAUUCAUAAAUCCACUACUGUCUGUAAUGGGAUCUGAACGUGAAAUCAUAUCUCGCAAAGUAUUCGACAAGAUCAUACCAAGCCCUUUCGCAAACAUCUACGAGCUCUGCCGGAGUCUUCUUGCAAGGCUCAAUGAAAGACUACUAGAUCCUUCAUGGGAUCCUUCUACUGGGAGACUGGGUGAUAUCUUCCUCGACACUAUCCCAUACCUCAAGAUGUACUCGGUAUACAUUCAGAACUUCAAUGGUGCACUCUCGCUUAUAGAAGAUCAAUCCAAGAAGAAUCCAAAACUCUCUGCCUUCUUACACGAGGAGUCCAUGAAGAAAGCAUACAAAGGCUUGCCUAUUCAAGCAUAUCUGAUGACCCCAGUUCAACGUAUUCCGCGUUACAAACUCUUGUUACAGGACUUGCUCAAGUAUACACCAGUCAACCACAUUGAUAGAACAGAUCUGGAAAGGGCAUUCAAACUCGUUGAAGAAGUGGCAAUCUUUGUGGAUGAUAUGGUACGAAAACAAGAGAAUCAAGCUCAGCUUCUUGAGAUUGAUCAAACACUUACUGGUUUCAACGAGAAAGUAUUGAGUCCAUCUCGACUAUUCUUAUUCAAAGGAGAUUUGUACAAGAUAUGUCGAAAGAAUCAUCAAUUGCGACGUGUUUAUGUCCUUUCGGAUAUGAUUAUUUGUGCCAUACCGUCUCUUCUCAACGAUCAAUUCACAUUUAAACGCAAAUUCGAUUUGGAGUUUUGUGAAAUCAGGGGUAUACCCGAUACUGAUGCCAUCAAACAUUCCUUUCAGCUCAUCAGUCCUGGGAAAUCAUAUGCGUUUUAUGCUGACUCUGAAGCCGAAAAGUUACAAUGGGUUCGUCUCAUAUCAAGAGCCAUCAAGGAAUGUAGAUCCGAUCAAAAGAAUAGGAUCCCACAGAUCGACUUAGCAUCACAACAAAAACGAACUACUAUGGGUGAUUACAAGGCGCCUAUAUGGAUACCAGAUGAUCAAGCCAGCAACUUUUUGGCUCAACAUUCUUCUUCCGAAUCGGUAUGGCUUCCAGACAAUGACAUAACUCCCGCACGCGCAUGUGAUCAAUGUUUUGUAAAAUCCGAGGGCAAAUACCGUGCAGCUCCUGCAAGAUCAUCAUCACCAGGAGGAGACGAUGAUGAUGAAGCAGAACAAUCAUUAAUAGCGCAAGUCAAACGAUACUCUUCAUGGCUCAUUACUCCAACUGUUGCAGCGCAUCAAACUGGUAACUAUUUACAUCGAGAUCAACAUCCGCAACAGCAGCAGUAUAGCCAUGGACCCAAGGUUGUUUCUCCUGGUCGUGCAAGGAUUUCUAUCUCGUCACAUACAAGAACACUCCCACAUUCGACAUAUAACAAUGGCAAACCUACGUCAUCAAGCACCAGAUUUCGACGUAUAGGACGAGCUCUAAUCCGAUUUCUCUCUGUGCGCAACAUCCUCAUCACGCUCGCUAUAUCUUCACUAUUGUAUCUAUGGACGCAAUCCGGAACCAGAGCACAAGUAGAACAGGAUAAUAGCUCAAAUGACUAUUUAGAUGCUGACGUGCUGCACGCGGUUAGCAUCCAACCAUCUCCUAUACAAGCUUUGCCAUCAUCAAACUCAGCUGAUGUCGUGAACGAGCUGAACGAGCUGCCGGUGCCAACGAGGACGAGGAGGAGAGGAGAAGUAGAUGUAAAUAAGCUAGCGUAUCAAGGGAAAAUAGUUCGUGGAGGUAUAAUGGGGCAUGAUAGAGGGUUUGAGGAUGCUGAAAAAAUGGAUUUUGUGAGAGAAAUGACAAAGCACGCGUGGUCUGGCUACUACACAUACGCAUCCGGAUCAGAUGAACUCCUCCCUGUAACUUCCAAAGCUCGAAACUGGAGUCGUGAAGGUUCUCUCCUUUUCACACCCAUAGACUCGCUCGACACUCUGUAUAUAAUGGAACUAGACGAUGAAUACUCCCAAGCCAAGAAUCUGUCUCUCACACUAAAUCUCGAUCAAAACAUCAUAAUCAACGUCUUCGAGGCUAUAAUACGACUUGUUGGCGGCCUGCUCGCAGCAUACGAUUUAACAUCUGAUACAAAACUAUUGGAUUUAGCUGUAUCAGUUGCAGAUGCGUUAUUACCUGCAUUCAAUGAUAAUUAUAUGGGAUUGCCAUCCAAUUCGUUGAAUUUACAACUUGGGUUGCCCAUGUCGGGGUCUGUUUAUACGUUGGCACAGCUAGGGAGUAGUCAGCUAGAGUUUCAGUAUUUGACGGAUGUGACGAAUGAUCCCGUGUAUAGUUUACGGUCUUUGCAAGUGCUGAAGAAGCUAAAGGUUAUGGAGAGGCCUAUACCUGGCUUGUUUCCGAUACAUAUGAAUGCUGUUGAUACUGGGAAGGAUCCACAGAAGCUUGUGGCUGUUGCUAAUCUUUUCGAAUACUCACUGGGAUCUGAAUCUGAUUCGUUCUACGAGUAUUUACUCAAAUUAUAUCUAAGCACUGGCUCUGAACAGUAUUGGGAAAUGUAUACUGCAGCUGCUGAUGCAUUUUCCAGCCAUCUUGUAAUGGAUAAUGAAAGAGGUAAUUUGUUCAUACCAAAGACGACUAUGGAUAAUCGAACAAAAGUAUCGUUUGAUGCUACUUUUGAACAUCUGUCAUGUUUCGCAGGCGGAAUGUUUGGUCUAGGAGCACUAUCUCGACGAACUGGAAACUGGACUGAGCAUUUACAUCUUGGGAAACGUCUUACAGAGACCUGUUACAAGUCGUAUAGCAAUACCGCUACUGGAUUAGGGGCUGAAGGAACGGAUCCAUUGACGUUAUCACCUACGAACCCAUCACAUUACUAUAUUUUGAGGCCAGAAACAAUUGAAUCUAUAUUCUACAUGUGGAGGUUCACUCACGAUCCGAUAUACCGAGAAUGGGGAUGGGAGAUUGCGCAGAGUAUCAACAAACACUGUCGAACCGAUUCUGGAUUCUCUGGGUUGAGGAAUGUCAUGGCGUCUGGAGAUCAUGAUAAUAGGAUGGAGAGUUUCUUUAUCGCAGAGACACUCAAAUACCUUUACUUGCUCUUUGCAACAGACGACCUCAUACCUUUAGAAACAUACGUCUUCACAACUGAAGCUCAUCCAUUAUCAAUACGAGGAUUCGGACCGCGUUCAGAUCCAGCCAAAUGGAACAGUGCUGGGUUGAAUGAUGAAUCAUUUUCAGUGCUGCCUGAUAUUAUCAGCAGUAGGAAGAAAGGCAAAAAGGGGAAAUUGGAUUCCCUGCAAAAAGUUGGAAUGCUGGCUGGUCCGUGA